CAAACGUAAGCUAGACAUCAAAGGUAAUUCAAAGAAACCAAGCCAAAUGCCUUCUCGAAAGCAGGCCGCCAAGCUCCCUGUUAUAGAUUUUUCUGGUAACAACUUGCAGAGUUAUUGGGCAUCGACAUGUGAAAAAGUCCGGCAGGCUCUUGAAGAAUAUGGCUGUUUUGUAGCAUUAUAUGAAAAAGUCUCCUCGGAUCUUCACAAUGAUGUUUUUGAUUCGUUAGUGGAGUUGUUCGAUCUUCCCUUGCAAACCAAACUCAAAAACGUAUCUGAGAAACCUUACCAUGGCUAUUUUGGUCAAAACCCAUGGGUGCCACUCAAUGAAAGCAUGGGAAUUGAGGAUGCACAAGUUCUCAGCAGAACUCAAAGCUUCACAAACCUAAUGUGGCCUUCUGGAAACCAAAAUUUCUGUAAAAGCAUACACUCUUACUCAAAGAUGGUAUCUGAAUUGGAUUAUUUGGUGGAGAGCAUGGUGUUUGAAAGCUAUGGCGUCAAGAAGUACUUUGAUUCUCACAUCAAAUCGACAACAAAUCUUCUUCGACUCAUCAAAUAUAACGAGCCCAAGAAGAGCGACGUCAAUAAUAUUGGAGCCAUAUCUCAUACUGACAAGAGCUUCAUUACCAUACUGCACCAAAAUGAUGUCAACGGUCUGGAGAUCGGGACAAAGGAUGGCGAGUGGAUCGAUUUCGAGCCCUUCCCUUCCUCCUUUGUAGUCAUGGCUGGAGAUGCAUCCAAGGCAUGGAGCAAUGGAAGGAUAUACUCUCCCUUUCACAGGGUGAUAAUGAAGGAAGGCAAAGACAGAUAUUCACUUGGAAUGUUCUCAUUCAACAGUGGGACGAUUCAAACACCAAAAGAGCUAGUGGACGAUGAACACCCACUCCAGUUCAAGCCAUUUGAUCAUCUCUCAUUUCUUCGUUUCUACAGCACCGAUGAAGGCCAAAAGCAUCACUGUUCUAUCAAGGCUUAUUGUGGUCUUCCCUAGU